AUGUCAAGCCAUCCCCCAAGUUCACCCCCUUCCUCGGUUGUACGAUUUCCGAGCAGCCAGAGGAUUCUCGAAAAUUGGAAAUGGAAGGGAACGAUUCUUACAAUAUACAUGACUUGCAUCAUCAACGGAUUCGAUGUAAGCAACGUUGCGAAUAUCCAGCCACAGCUUUAUGUCGCCUUUGGCCACAUCGAGUAUCUUCCAUGGAUUGGGCUGUCUUACUCUCUCGCGAACUUCGCCACCCUCUCCUUUGCAGGUCGAAUACUGGAUAUCUUCGACGUACGUCACAUUUACUUGGCAAGCAUCGUGGUUUUCGCGGCCGGGGCGGCGCUAGCGGGCUCAGCAAAGACUAUUUCGGCUAUCAUCGCCGGCCGAGCGGUAAUGGGAAUAGGGGGAUCAAUAUGCCAGAACUGCGCGAUAUCAUACUUUUCUAUGUAUGCUUCGGAUAGCCAAGGUCCAUUUCUUUACGGCCUUCUGAGCUCACUAUGGGCAGUUGGCCUUGUCGUAGGCGGACCUGUCGGGAGCGCUCUGGCUGAAAAGGUGACUUGGCGCUGGGCCUUCUACAUCAACUUGCCUUUCCUUGGCUUUGCCUUCGUUUGUGCAGUAGUCUUUUUGCCACGCAGACGAAGCCAUUUCGAUCUCCCUUUGCGUCAUCGCAUUGCCAAAUUCGCUGGUUUAGAUAUCAUUCUUCAAACAAGCACCACGGUAGCCACAAUUGUUCUCUUUGCUAUUGCGGCUACUUUUUCUGGCCCCGUGUGGAGUUGGAGCUCAGUGCCUUGUUACACAACAUGGGCUGUUUUUGCUGCUGUCUUUGUCCUCUGCGGAACUCUACAUUGUACUCGUUUUACUGCCGCCAUCAAAGACCGUCUCAAUACAAGUUUCAAAAGCGUACCUGAUCUUCGGGUGAUCCCCAUUGAACUUAUGGGCCGGCGGAACAUCCUCCCUCUUUGGAUCGUGUCAGGGUGUGCAGGUGCGACUUAUGCUGUCACACUUUAUUAUCUGCCACUGUUUUACGCUUUUUCAAAGGGCCACGGAGCGUUACAACAAACCAUUCGCAUGCUGCCUUUCAUUCUCACCUUCAUUGUCACAGUGUUGAUUGUUGGCGCUUUUCUGUCCAAGAUCAAACAGUAUGGCGUGAUCUAUGUUGUCGGCGGUGCUACGACACUGGCGUCGGGAACUGCCCUCGCCAUAAUCCUGGACUCUGAGGUCUCAGAAAGUAAGGUUAUGGGCCUCACCGCCCUAAUCGGUAUAGGACUUGGCUUCCAAUUUCAGCAUGGCAACGCGAUUUCUAACACGAUCAACAAAACUCUGCGCGAUCGAGUCGAGAGUGCUGCCCUUUUGAACAUGAGCUUGAUGGGCGGUAUUUCCACUGCAUUGAUCAUGGCAGGCGCGAUCUAUGAAAAUCGCGGCAUGGCUCUGCUUCCUUCUACUCUUGAAGCGUUUCAUUACGAUGAUAAGACCAUUCGCGAGGCUCUCGCUGGCGUUUCCCCUACCGUCUGGGAGGGCGCUGAGACGAACAUAACUGCAUAUUGGGCGGAUGCGACAACUCAAGCCAUCUCUUCUCUUCUCUAUAUAAUCUCCUCAAGCGGCGCACUCUGCCUUUUCUGUGGUGUGCUAAUUCUCUCGGAUAUGAAAUUGAAAAGAGGAUACCGUGAAAAUGCUGUUGCUACAGUGUGA